AUGGUGGUACCCCUAAGUCAGUUCCCUUCGCCGCCCAACUCAAGUGGCGACGGCUGCGAGAACUCAAGUACAGUCUUUUCCAAGGACUGUGUCAAGAGGACUGCAUCGCCAUUAGACCCUCAAUCUCAAUUUAGAGUCUCCCCAAACUCGUACACUACAUCCACAAACUAUUCUACCCCGGUUUCUUCCCACGAAACUUUGUCCUCCUCAACAUCCGGGAUCUCAGUGACAGGCGUUCUGCUACCAUCAAUAGAUUCAUUAGCACGCUCAAUCUCCUAUACAGGACGAGACGCUGUUCCUUUCAACUUGUCCACUUGGACUGACAAGUCAACACCUGUUACUAAUUCUUUUGUCAUCUCUCAGUAUGAAGACACGCGUGUUCCUCAAUCAGCCACCAGUUCUACACAUCCAAACAUACCUAAACACGCCAAAGAGUAUCCGUUAGCAAAUGGGCCACCUGGGUGGUGUUGGAAUUCCCAUUCCAGUAUGUCGACAGACCAACCAAUAUAUCCAGGACACCAAUAUCCACCACCGCUUCAGCAGCACUACCACUUUGCUUCACCCAGGCAACUAUCAAACUCUAGCUCUGGGACGUCAUCCGUUCCUUUCCAACCACCCCCUGCUGGUCAAUUACAACCACAAGGUAAUUCUAUGUUCAUACACAUGCCAUUUUCGCUAAAUGGCCCACCAGCUGCUGGACAGCAAUUGAUACCACCCCAAGGACUAGCCUCAAUACCUGUCGGCCCCGGCAACAACAGUUCCCUAUUGGUUAGCCAAGGUGCACCUGGCGGCUAUUCUUUAGCUUCACCAGCGUUGUCACCGGUAGAUGCGACCUUCGAAGAUCCCGUCAAGAGACUGCCCAAAAAGCGGACAAAAACUGGAUGUCUCACUUGCCGUAAGAGACGAAUCAAAUGUGACGAACGCAAGCCGUUCUGUUUCAACUGUGAAAAAAGCAAAAAGGUGUGUACUGGUUUUACGCAUCUAUUCAAAGAUCCCCCUAGCAAAUCCUACCCUCCCAGUUCAGAUGGUGCCUCCCCUGUUGCCAAUGACCACCCUGUCCCCCCAAGGCAAAACUUUGGUGAAUUGAGGGGCAGUCUGAAUUACAUCAUCAACUAG